GCCACUUUCCGGCCGGUGGCAGAGUCGAGCUCAAGUUGUGGGGUCGAGGGCGCCAUGGGGGCCACAGGCGACGCUGAGCAACCGCGGGGACCCGGCGGGACAGAGCGGGGCAGCCUCGAGCUGGGGGAUGCGGGCGCAGCCGGGCAGCUGGUUCUCACGAAUCCUUGGAACAUAAUGAUAAAGCACCGACAGGUGCAGCGAAGGGGCCGCCGCUCACAAAUGACGACCAGUUUCACAGAUCCUGCCAUCUCCAUGGAUCUCCUCCGAGCUGUCUUGCAGCCCAGUAUCAAUGAAGAAAUCCAGGCUGUUUUCAACAAGUACAUGAAGUUCUUCCAGAAAGCGGCACUGAAUGUUCGAGACAAUGUUGGAGAAGAGGUUGACACAGAGCAGCUGAUCCAGGAAGCCUGUCGGAGCUGCCUGGAACAGGCCAAGUUACUCUUUUCAGAUGGAGAAAAAGUAUUGCCUAGAUUGGCCCAUGAACUUCCGGGGAUAAAGCGUGGGCGGCAGACAGAAGAGGAGUGUGCCCAUCGAGGAAGCCCCAUUCCCAAAAAGAGGAAAGGACGGCCACCUGGACACCUCCUGUCCAACGACCGGGCCGGCUCCGGCAUGGUCAGAUGGAAGCCAAAAUCCUGUGAACCAAUUCGCCGAGAAGGCCCCAAGUGGGACCCAGCUCGGCUGAAUGAAUCUACAACCUUUGUAUUGGGAUCCCGAGCCAACAAGGCCCUAGGGAUGGGGGGUACCAGAGGAAGAAUCUACAUCAAACACCCGCACCUCUUUAAGUAUGCAGCUGACCCCCAGGACAAGCACUGGCUGGCAGAGCAGCACCAUAUGCGGCCAACUGGCGGGAAGAUGGCGUACCUUCUCAUUGAGGAGGACAUCCGGGAUCUUGCUGCCAGUGAUGACUACAGAGGGUGCCUGGACCUGAAGUUAGAGGAGCUGAAAUCUUUUGUCCUCCCCUCCUGGAUGGUUGAGAAGAUGCGAAAGUACAUGGAGACACUACGGACAGAGAAUGAGCAUCGUGCUGCCGAAGCACCUCCGCAGACCUGAGGAGUCUCCUGUCUACACUGGGCAGCACCUCCGAGACCCUCUUCAGCCAGCAUGGCCAGGGGCCGUUCCUGGCACUGCUUCUCCAUGGAUCUCAGCAGCAUUGAGCUGUGCAUGGGCGAGUUUGUAGAGCAUCCCAGGACUGGCACAUUUGUUCGAUAUUUGUAAAGUUAUUGGAAUAAGAAGCAAUUAAACAGUUUUUAGUAAA